CGAUAAAUAAAUAAAUAAAUAACAAGAAUCAAUUUCCACCCUCAUACUCUUUCUCCCUUCAUUGGCUUUUCCCAUUACCCACUGAUGGGUAAACCAACUGAUUGUUUCAUCAUAUCACUUGCUAUUAUCGCAUUCUUCAUCUAUUCUGGCACAUUUUUUUUCGUGGAAUAUUCUCCCGGAGCUUUCGGUAUUCGUCUCUGUGUUUUCGUUGGAAUUUUAACUUUUGUGAGCGUUUGCAAGAUGAUAAGAGGACAAGCCAAAGUGCGCGUUUGCAAGAUGAUAAGAGGACAAGCGGAACUUGAUGAUGAGUUCUCUGUCCAUAACAUACCGGGGAUGCCUACCCGAUUCUCAUACAAUGAUUUGAAGACCGCGACCAAUGAUUUUAACAGUAAGAUCGGGGAAGGAGGAUUUGGGUCAGUCUUUAAAGGGACGUUAAGUGAUGGCACCGAAGUAGCAGUGAAGUGUCUCACUGGUUCAAGUCAGAUCAAGAAGUCAUUCUUGGCUGAAGUUCAGACAAUAGGCAGCAUCCACCAUGUCAAUUUGGUGAGAUUGAUCGGAUUUUGUGCUGAAAACUCUAAUAGGCUUUUAAUCUACGAGUACAUGUCCAAUGGGUCCUUGGAUAGAUGGAUAUUCAAAAGACAUCAAGAGCUCACUCUUGGGUGGGAAUCCAGAAGGAAGAUCAUCGCGGAUAUGGCCAAGGGACUAGCCUAUCUCCAUCAGGAAUGCCGACAGAAAAUAUAUCAUUUGGAUGUCAAACCCCAAAACAUCCUCUUAGAUGAAAACUUCGAGGCAAAAGUUUCGGAUUUUGGAUUGGCAAAACUAAUUGAUAAGGACCAAAGCCGAAUUGUAGCGACAUUGAGGGGAACCCCAGGCUACAUGGCUCCUGAAUGGUUGAGCUCAAUAAUCACAGAGAAAGUAGAUGUUUAUAGCUUUGGGGUUGUGGUCUUAGAGAUCUUGUGCGGACGAAAAAAUUUGGAUAGGUCUCAGCCGGAGGAAGAGAUGCAUUUAUUAGGUUUGUUCGAAAGGAAAGGGGAAGAGGGACAACUUUUGGAUAUGGUUGAUAAAUACAAUGCUGAUAUGCAAUUACACGGACCAGAAGUGGUGGAGAUGAUGAAGCUUGCUGUGUGGUGUCUACAAAGUGAUUACCAGAGGCGGCCUUCAAUGACAAUGGUGGUUCAGGUCUUGGAGGGCUUUGUUAGUGUCCAAGACAAUUUGGACUAUAACUUCAUAAAUGCUCCGGCAAGAAGAACAAUGGCAGCUACUCGUGAAGACAUGCAUGCUAUUGAUGACGGCACCCUGUUAUUAGCAUCAGUUCUAUCAGGACCAAGGUGAAGGCAAG